GCUAUUGGCUGGAAGGCAGCGGGAGCCCGCCCCGCGGCGCGGCGCCGUGGCUGGUGGAGGCAGCCCCCGGCUGGGCGGAGUGUGGAGCUCGCCGCGUUCCCGGGUACCCUCGUCCGUGAUACAGCAGUGCAGCCAUGGCAGAGCCGCAGCCCGCGUCAGGUGGCCUUACCGACCAGGCUGCCCUCGGUUGUUGCUCGGACCCUGACCCCAGCACCAAGGAUUUUCUGUUGCAGCAGACCAUGCUGCGAAUUAAGGAUCCUAAGAAGUCUCUGGAUUUUUACACUAGAGUUCUUGGAAUGACGCUACUCCAAAAAUUAGAUUUUCCCACCAUGAAAUUUUCACUCUAUUUCUUGGCUUAUGAGGAUAAAAAUGACAUCCCAAAAGAUAAAGAUGAAAAGGUAGCGUGGGUGUUCUCCAGAAAAGCCACACUUGAACUGACACACAACUGGGGCACUGAGGAGGAUGAGACCCAGAGUUACCACAGCGGCAACUCAGACCCUCGAGGGUUUGGUCACAUCGGAAUUGCAGUUCCUGAUGUACACGGUGCUUGCAAAAGAUUUGAAGAACUCGGAGUCAAAUUUGUGAAGAAGCCUGACGAUGGUAAAAUGAAAGGCCUGGCAUUUAUUCAAGAUCCUGAUGGCUACUGGAUUGAAAUUUUGAAUCCUAACAAAAUGAUAACUAUUAUUUAGGUCUCUGAGAAUACUGCUUUGAGAUUUCCAUAAAGAUACCGUGGGAGUUAAAAAAGAGAGACAGGGAACUUGGAUAUAUUCAGAUAACAGAAGCAUCAAGGACUGAUGGUUCAUUGUCUCAAUUCAAAUUAUUCUUAAGUGCAUUUCCCUUCCUGUGUCAGCUGUGCUUUUCACCGACCUGAUCAGUCCCUCUAGUUUUAAAGUAGUGCUUUGCCUUGUGUCCUUGAAUGUGGUUGUGUAACGUUAGUUUUUUAGGUAAUAAUUAGAACAGUUCCCUUCAGAGGCCGCAUUUGCCUUCUCCCUCCUAACCUGACUUCUCUCCACGUCUGCCUUUCAAUCAUCAUUUUUAAAAAAACACAUUUAACAUGUUUCCUCCUGGGGUUUCAGUCCUCAGAAAUAAUGUUUCACAGUGGAAAGUAAAGAGCCCUGAACAAAAACAAAA